CGUGAUUAUUCCUCUCCAGCCCGCGAAGCAAUUCUCGUGCCUGUCGCUCCCGCCAUCAGCGCCAAGACCGCAGCCUUGUCGGUUGACGCUAGCGGGACCCCAAGCUUGACGUCGCCAGGCCGCGAAUACGGUCCCUUCCAAUCCACCACCGCCAACCUCCGCGUCGCAACCACCGUCUAUCCAUGCCACUUCCCCAAUCGGCAGUAAAUCGAUCAGUGCUCUCUGCUCCCACCGUCUCGGCCGCGCAAACAAUCUCACAGUGAGCUUACUCUACACCAAACCCGCCGUAAUGGCGUACUUCUUCAGCACGCCUGUCGAUAUCGACGUCGUGCUCGAGGACACGAGUGAUCGGCAGAUGGUGGAUGUGAAGCUUGAUAAGAAUCGGAGAGAGAAGGCGCCACUGUAUAAGGAUGAGGAGAGUGUGAGGGGCGCGGUCACGGUGAGGCCGAAGGAUGGGAAGAGGUUGGAGCAUACGGGGAUUAAGGUCCAGUUUAUAGGGACGAUUGAGAUGUUCUUCGACCGCGGCAACCACUACGAAUUCCUCUCCCUUGGCCAAGAGCUCGCCGCCCCCGGCGACCUGCAACACCCCCAAACCUUCCCCUUCAACUUCAAGAACGUCGAGAAGCAAUACGAGUCCUACAACGGCAUCAACGUCAAGCUCCGCUACUUCGUGCGCGUCACCGUCUCCCGCCGCAUGGCCGACGUCAUCCGCGAAAAGGACAUCUGGGUGUACUCCUACAAAGUCCCCCCGGAGACGCAGAGCAGCAUCAAGAUGGAUGUCGGCAUCGAGGAUUGCCUGCACAUCGAGUUCGAGUAUAGUAAGAGCAAGUACCAUCUUAAGGAUGUGAUUGUCGGGAGGAUUUACUUUUUGCUGGUGAGGUUGAAGAUUAAGCAUAUGGAGUUGAGUAUUAUUAGGAGGGAGACGACGGGGACGGCGCCGAAUCAGUAUAAUGAGAGUGAGACGUUGGUGAGGUUUGAGAUUAUGGAUGGGAGUCCUUCGAGAGGCGAAACAAUCCCUAUCCGCCUCUUCCUCGGUGGCUUCGACCUAACCCCCACCUUCCGCGAAGUCAACAAGAAAUACUCCACCCGCUACUACCUCAGUCUCGUCCUUAUCGACGAAGACGCACGCCGCUACUUCAAACAAUCCGAAAUCGUCCUCUACCGCCAGAACCCGGAGAUCGCGGAUGCGCAGCCGCAGAAUACACAGAUUAUCGGCGCCCCCCCGCCGGAGAGGAUUCAGCAGUAGGUUGGUGAUGAGGCACUGGAUGAGUUAAUAGGAGAGGAGGGAUUCGGGGAGAUGCAAGAGAGUGGGGUGAGCAAGAGAAGGGUGGGGGGUUAGGGGAUUUUUAUGAUGAGGCGGUUGAUGUAUAUAGUAUCGCGGAAGAUGUAGC